AUGCCCCCCAAGCGCAAAGCCGCUGAUGUCGGUCGACCUACAAGCGAUUCUAAGCGAGCUACACCUGUCCCAGAUGUCACAGAAAUCUCUAGCAGUGAUGAAUACUCAGAUCCGGAUGACGGGCCAGUGGAGGACAACCUGAAAGAAGAUGUUGUGAACAAAUUCUCGCUGGAGUCUUUCAGCAAGCGCACGCAAUCUCAAAAAACCGACCCUCGAUUUGGCUACAAGGAUCUGUCGUAUCUCCCUCUCAAGCGCGACCAUUACAAUCGACCGCUGUGGAUCGAGCCGGUGAAAGGCACGAUCACGCUGGAGAGUUUCUCGCCGCUCGCGCCACAAGCCCAAGACUUCUUGACUACUAUUGCCGAACCGCUUUCACGUCCCACCCACCUUCAUGAGUAUCGUCUCACCGGCCACAGUCUUUACGCCGCGGUAUCGGUUGGUCUGAAGCCAGAGGACAUUGUCGAGUUCCUGGACCGUCUGUCCAAGACUCCGCUGCCCGAAAGUAUUUCGCAGUUCAUCACCGAAUUCACCAAAUCAUAUGGCAAAAUCAAGAUGGUGUUGUACCAUAAUAGGUACUAUGUGGAAACGGUCGAGCCAGAGAUGCUGCAGAUGCUUUUGAAGGACGAGGUCAUUGGCCCGCAGAGAAUCUCGAACGAGGAAGGAAUCAUUGAACGAGCGGCACCCAAGAUGGGUGCCCUUGUCAUCCCGGGAACAAAAGACGCAGCCGGCGUGAGAGAAACUGCUGGGCAGACAAAAUCAUCUGGUGCGGGCCAAACAGAGGCUGAAGGCGACAGGCAAAAUUACGGCAUCGAUGACAUCGGAGACGAGCCAGCAGAGGCUCUUACAUACAGUUUCGAGAUUCCGCCCGAGGGUGUCGAGGUGGUCAAAGCCCGUUGUCAGGCUAUUGGCUGUCCGGCCUUGGAGGAGUACGACUUCCAAGGUGACACCAUCAACCCUAACCUGGACAUGGAUUUGAAGCCCACGGCGCGAAUUCGUCCAUAUCAGGAAAUGAGUCUUAGUAAAAUGUUUGGUAACGGGCGAGCCAAGAGCGGUAUCAUCGUUCUUCCCUGCGGUGCCGGUAAGACCCUCGUGGGUAUUACGGCGGCGGCCACCAUCAAGAAGGGAACGAUCGUGCUGUGCACCAGUUCGAUGUCUGUCGUUCAGUGGCGCAACGAAUUCCUGCGGUGGACUACUAUUGAUCCCGGCGAUAUUGCCAUCUUCACGUCUGACCACAAAGAGAAAUUUAAACGAUCGACGGGUAUCAUUGUGUCGACAUAUUCCAUGGUGUCACAGACUCGAACCCGGUCUUACGAUGCCGAGAAAAUGAUGAAUUGGCUUCAAGGCCGCGAAUGGGGGAUGAUGAUUCUCGACGAGGUGCACGUCGUGCCGGCUUCUAUGUUCCGAAAAGUGACAUCUGCGAUUGCUGCGCAAACCAAGCUCGGUCUUACGGCCACUCUGCUCCGCGAAGACGAUAAGAUCAAGGACCUGAAUUUCUUGAUCGGGCCUAAACUGUAUGAAGCGAACUGGAUGGAACUCGCUGCACAGGGCCACAUUGCUAAGGUUCAGUGCGCUGAGGUGUGGUGCCCCAUGACGACGGAAUUCUACUCGGAGUAUCUGCGAGCCAGCUCGCGAAAACAAGCGCUACUCUACAUUAUGAAUCCCCGCAAGUUCCAGGCCUGUCAGUAUCUGAUCGACUUCCAUGAGAAGCGAGGUGACAAGAUCAUCGUGUUCUCGGAUAACGUCUACGCCUUGGAGAAGUACGCGCGCAAGUUGAACAAGGCUUUCAUUUACGGCGGAACCGGUCAGAAUGAGCGUUUGCGAAUUCUGGAGAAUUUCCAGCACAAUGAACAAGUCAACACCAUCUUCCUGUCGAAGAUUGGCGACACGUCGCUUGACUUGCCCGAGGCGACAUGUCUCAUCCAGAUCUCCUCUCAUUACGGUUCCCGACGUCAGGAAGCUCAGCGUUUGGGACGCAUUCUUCGAGCCAAGCGCCGUAAUGACGAAGGAUUCAAUGCAUUCUUUUACUCGCUGGUCUCCAAGGACACCAGUGAGAUGACUUACUCGUCCAAACGACAAGCCUUCUUGGUCGAUCAGGGAUACGCCUUCAAGGUGAUUACCCAUCUGCAAGGUAUCGACGACUACGAGGGUCUACACUACGCCACGCCGUCAGAACGCCGCGAGCUGCUCACCGAAGUGAUGCUGCAGAACGAGGCGUCUGCAGAUGUUGAGCAAGUCACGGAUGACCUGUUCUCCAUGCGCAGUGGUGGGCGCAGCGCGGCUGCUGCGAAGAAGGCCAAGGCGAAACGCAGUGCCGCCACUCUCAGCGGUCUGGCUGGCGGUGAUGACAUGGCGUACAUUGAAUACAACAAGAGUAAGAACAAGCAGUUGAAGGAGAAGGCGGCCCAGCAUCCUUUGUUCCGGAAGAUGGAGCGGGAUCGUCAACGCCGCAAGAAAGAGCGCGAUGCUGCGUUGAAAUAG